GUUACAGGGGCAAGGAGUGCGUGCGUCCAAGGUCGCAGAUACUCGGGCCCGCGCUGGGCGGGCUUAGGGGAGGCGACCGAGGGCGGAGACUGGAGUCUUCCAGGCCUGCAGGUCCCUGUUCCGUGCCCGUGUCCGCGCCCGGACAGCACGGAGGCCACAUGGAGCUCUCGGAGGAAUCCGCUCACGGGCCGGGAGGCGAGGACGCCGCGUCCGAGCGCAGUGGGCUGCGCCGCUUGCUGCUGUCCGGCUUCGAAAAGGAGCUGCUGGCGCUCUUGGCCCUGGCAGGUCCUGCGUUCAUGGCCCAGCUGAUGAUGUUCCUAAUCAGUUUCAUAAGCUCAGUGUUCUGUGGCCACUUGGGCAAGCUGGAGCUGGAUGCAGUCACACUGGCAAUUGCGGUUAUCAAUGUCACAGGCAUUUCAGUGGGACACGGCUUAUCUUCUGCUUGUGACACCCUCAUCUCCCAGACAUACGGGAGCCAGAACUUGAAGCAUGUAGGGGUAAUCCUGCAGAGGGGGACCCUCAUCCUGCUCCUCUGCUGCUUCCCCUGCUGGGCACUCUUCAUCAACACCGAGAAAAUUCUGCUGCUCUUCAGACAGGACCCAGAUGUAUCCAGGCUCACCCAGACUUACGUCAUGAUCUUCAUUCCAGCGCUUCCUGCAGCCUUUCUUUAUACGUUACAAGUUAAAUACUUGCUCAACCAGGGCAUCGUUCUGCCUCAGAUCAUGACGGGCAUCGCAGCUAACCUUGUCAACGCCCUGGCCAACUAUCUGUUUCUCUAUCAGCUGCAUCUUGGGGUGAUGGGUUCAGCGCUGGCCAACACCAUCUCCCAGUUUGCCCUGGCCAUCUUCCUAUUCCUCUACAUCCUCUGGAGAAGACUACAUCAAGCCACCUGGGGAGGGUGGUCCCGUGAGUGUCUGCAGGACUGGGCCUCCUUCCUGCGACUGGCUAUCCCCAGCAUGCUCAUGCUGUGUAUAGAGUGGUGGGCCUAUGAGGUCGGCAGCUUCCUGAGUGGUAUCCUUGGCAUGGUGGAGUUGGGAGCUCAGUCCAUCACCUAUGAACUGGCUAUCAUUGUGUACAUGAUUCCUUCAGGAUUUGGUGUGGCUGCCAAUGUCCGGGUGGGAAAUGCGUUGGGCGCAGGAAACAUUGACCAGGCCAAGAAGUCCUCAGCUGUUUCCUUGAUAGUCACAGAGCUCUUUGCUGUGACCUUCUGUGUCCUGAUGCUAGGCUGUAAGGAUCUCGUGGGCUACAUUUUCACUACCGACCGGGACAUCGUGGCCUUGGUGGCUCAAGUGGUCCCCAUUUAUGCUGUGUCCCACCUUUUUGAAGCUCUUGCUUGUACCUGCGGUGGUGUCCUGAGGGGCACUGGAAACCAGAAGGUCGGAGCCAUCGUUAAUGCCAUUGGGUAUUAUGUCAUCGGUCUCCCCAUUGGGAUCACGCUGAUGUUCGCCGCCAAGCUGGGAGUGAUUGGUCUGUGGUCAGGAAUCAUCAUCUGCACUGUCUGUCAGACUGCGUGCUUUCUGGCUUUUAUUGCCCGGCUCAACUGGAAACUCGCCUGUCAGCAGGCUGAAGUACAUGCCAAUUUGAAGAUAAAUGUGCCCCUGAAUUCUGUUGUCUCUCAGGAGACUGCUUACCCAGUGGGUCCUGAGAGCCAUGGAGAAAUUAUGAUGACGGAUCUUGAAAAAAAAGACGAGACUCAGUUGGACCAGCCGAUGAGCCAGCAACAAGUUUUGCCUGUCCAUCUGAAGGACAGCGACAAUCUGUCUGGGAAACAGCUGGUCCUGCGGCGAGGGCUCCUGUUCCUGGGGAUGGUCUUAGUCUUGGUAGGCGGGAUUUUAGUGAGAGUCUAUAUCAGAACUGGAUAAUGUGGGGGUGUCAUUGAUUCAGCAAUGCAGGUGCUCCUCAGUCUGUGAAGUUAAUGCCUAACAAAUCCAUCCCACACUGAAAACAUCAGGGCUGCGGAUAUUGCUGAGGCAGACAGCCCUAUUCUCAGCGUGUUCAGGGCCCUCUAACAUGGAAGUUCACGCUCUCUCUCUGCUUCUCUGUUUCUUUCUCUCUGUGUGUUAGAGAGAGAGAGAGAAGGAGAGACAUAGAUACACACACACACACACACACACACACACACACACACACACACGAGAUAUAUAGAGAGAAAGAGACAUAGAUGAAAGAGACAGAGACAGAGAGAGGUCAUGCUCUGUAAGCAGACAAUGCAUACAAUAUACUCAAUGUACCAAAUACUUGUCUUCAAAAUAUUCUACCAACUGGAAUGUCAAUUUUUCACCCCUGGGAUUGCAGGGCCACCUGGGGGCUGUAGCUCACUGCCACUGUCCCAUGUCUCCAAAGGAUAGUGUCAUACAUUGUGAACCCAGGAAAAGCACCCAGUUCAAAAACAGUCUGUACUGAAAGCAUGUCACUUUUGCACCAAUGUGAAAGUUGAGCCCUUGGAAAGUGAGUCACUAUGUCUGGGACCAUGUGCAGUUUUGAACAUACAGACAAUUCACAGAGCUGGCUAACAGAAUUCAACUGUGCCUGUAGGUAUUAUGAACUGAGUAUUCAAAAAUACUGUUUUUCUAAUAAAGAAUAAGGUAAACACAGUAUUGUGGUCUAAGGCAAUGUGGGGGAGAUGAUGAUGGAGUAUUAAUUCAUCUGCCACUGUCAAACAUGCUGCGUACUGUCUUGAUUCAGGGGUGGAAUUCCUUUCUUCUGCCUAUUGUUUCCUAAACUACAAGCCUAUAUCUGAACUGCUUCCACAUUCUUACUGUAUGACUUCUAUUAAAUACAUUUUAUGAUA